AAGCCCAAAUGAAAGCCCACAACCUGGAUCUGGAAUGUACUCCAGUAUUGUUUUGUUGGGUCGGCGGCGGCGGGUGAGAGUGGAGAAUGAUGAUGGCUCUCCGCCGCGCCGUCGGAAUUGGCUCCGCCGCCGCCCUCCGCUCUGCCGCCUACCUCCGCCGCGCCUCCCCCUCGCCGGCGCGGCCCCAUCCCCUCGUCCCUCCACCGCCUGCCGCCCGAACCUUCGCCGCCCCGCCCCAGGUGAUGAAGAGGAGCACCAAGGACGACGACGACGAUGGCCCUCGGAUCAACAACGACAUCACCUCUCCCUUUGUUCGACUCGUCACUGACCAAGGCCAUAGUGUUGUCCCCAGGCACGAAGCUCUUCAGCUUGCGGCCAGGAUGGACUUGGACUUGGUCGAGGUCCACAGAAAAUCAGACCCUCCUGUCUGUAAAAUCAUGGAUUUUCACAAAGAGAAGUAUAAGAAAGACGUUAAGGAGAAAGAACGCCUAAAAACUAAGUCUGCUAUUGUCUUACGCGGUGGGGAGAACAAAGAAGUGCGGUUUAAGGGUAAAACAGAACUAAAAGACUUGAAGGUGAAAGCAGAUGGAAUCACCAGAUUAAUGGAGCGAGGUUACAGGGUGAAGUGCAUGGCGAUGCCCUCAGGUAAUGAAGAAGAAGAUUUAGGAGGGCCACUAUCUCGGUUGUUAGGACUUAUACAAGAUGUCUGCAUAGUGGAAAGUGGCCCACAUUUGGACUCGAAGCAUGCAUACGUUAUUGUUAGGCAUGUGAAGUUUGCAACAAAGAAAGCUGGAAAGAAAGCUAGCAAGGCCAUAGAAGAUGUAGGCAAAGGUGCCCGCAAGAAUGCCUCUGAAUUGUCAACUGUUACUGCCGAUAGUGGAGAUGAGACAAAUGAUUGUGGAAAUGGGGCCAUCUCAGAUCAAAUGGACAACGCUCCUGCUUACGUCUCCAAUGAAUUUUCCAUGCAGAAAGAUGCACAUGAUAGAGGCUCUAGAAGGGAGUUGAGUUGGUCGAAAUCGAACCCGGGCAACUACGGUGAAAACAUGCAAAAUGUUGAUGCUGGGGCACACAGAAUUAGCUCUAGUCAGCGGGCAGCACAAACCUCAGAGGGUGGGUUUGGUUCCAAUAAUGUAAAAUCUGGUAUGGAAAAGCAAGAAAAGGCUAAUGAAGAUGUGGUACCUGCAGAAACCAACAGAUACGCCAGCCGAAGACAGCAGAUAAGAGGAGAUAACCAGGGUUUGAGCCAAGAUAGAUCCCCGCAAGGUCAUAGAAGGAAUGAAAAUGAAGUUCGCUAUCCGGUCAAUGACUACCAAAGACCUCUGCAGCAGAACAACCGACAAUCACCAAGGUUCAACGAUGGUAGAUUACCACAAGAACCAAGAAGAAAUGAAAGGGGAGGCCAUAUUCCGUUGAAUAACAAACAAGGCCAAUUUCAGCAAAUGAAUCAUCCUGCUGAAUCAGCGGGUAAUGGUGCAGGCUAUCCUACUCCGACGGCCAAGAGUUUUGGAGUUUUCAGUACCAGAAAACCUGCUACGUCUGAGUUGGGGAAAACAAAUGGUGCUAGUAGGACUGCUAAUUCUGAUGUACCUAAAAGCUAUGGAAUCUUUAGUUCUCCUAGAAGGGAAUCUGGUGAUAAAAGCUCAUGAAUGAAACUAUCAGCAGAUAAGCCUAUAAACAGCAGGUCUACAUCAAAGUUUGUCGUAUUUGGAAUUGGCACAAUAAGCCUCGAAAUGUAAGGAUCAGCAUGUGGGUCUCAUGUUUCAGUUUUUGUUGAUCAUUGACUAUUAUUCAUUCAGCCUGAGCAUAUCUACGUGGCGGUGGCACGGUGAGAAAGCCAACUGCAAGCUUGAGAGGUACUGUACUACUCCUAUUUGUUAAGUAGCUUUUGGGUCCACUUGUAUUGUUAUCAUUUGAUUGGAAGAAUCACACCUGUUUAGACUAGAAUAGCCCUUUUACUUGUCAGGUUGAUCGAAUAGUGAAAAAUAAUGUCAUGAGUGGUCGGAUCCAUUUGAUUGUGAUAGCAUUUUUUACUA